UAAAUAGAGUACACGAAAAAAUAAAAUAACCUAACUUUGAUGAAUAAUUUUUAUUAGAUCCAGAUUCAGAGUUUUAUAAUUUUUAUUCAGAGAAAUAAUUAAUAGAAGAAUGAUAUUGAAAAGAAUUUUUUCGCCUAGAGCGGUAGAUAAUAUAGGUCGAUUAUUAUCAAGAAAUGCUCCGUUGACUCAAGCAAAAAUCGCAAGUCAGUUUUCCACUGAAAAUGUUGAUUUGGAUGAUCCAACCAUAAGCAAAGCAAUGAAAGCUUAUCUUACUCGAGCAAAUGAACAUGAAAAAUUUAUGAAAAAAGAAAUUCAGGAAUACCAAAUUGGUAAACGUCACCUUGCUAACAUGAUGGGUGAAGAUCCCGAAACUUUCACUCAGGAAGAUGUUGAUAAUGCAAUCACAUAUUUAUUUCCUUCUGGUCUUUUCGAGAAAAAAGCAAGACCAAUGAUGAAACCUCCAGAACAGAUAUUCCCACAAAGAAAAGCUGCUGAAUUUGACAAAACUGGAAGACCUUUCCAUUUUUUAUUUUAUACUAGCCGGCCUAAUUUCUAUCAUAUGUUAUAUGAAAUAGUCGAACAUAUUGAACAAUUGAACAAAUUUGAAGACAUAAUGUUGAAAAAGGGCUUACAACCAGAUCCAAAUGCAGUUUUGGAUAAGUCCGGGUCACAGUGGAUAGAUAAAACAGCAUUGGAAUCUUUACUUCUAGAAACAUUAUCUGAUAGAGAUUAUGAACAAUUUCUGAAUGCUAUUGAAGCACUUUGCAAACUACCCUAUGCCUCAAAUGUUAAAGACUUCAUAUUCAAAUAUUUAAGGCCGUUAAUGAACACCAGUAAAACCAUAGAAGCACCCAAGCCAAAUUAUGACCAAGAUGGAAGAGCUUAUGUGACAGUUUAUGAAUGUGCAAGAAAACAUGCAAGAGGAACCGUCACAAUAAGAUCCCCUGGAACAGGAAAAAUUUCAAUAAAUAACAAAGAUAUAACAUACUUUGAAGAUACUCAGUCAAGGGAACAGGUUCUCUUUCCUUUACUCUUUUCAAAUAUGAUAGGAAAGGUAGAUAUCGAGGCAGAAGUUGGAGGUGGUGGAUUUUCAGGACAAGCUGGAGCUGUUAGGUGGGGUAUAGCUUGGGGUUUAAGAAGUUUUCUUGAUGAAAAAAUAGUGGAAAAAAUGCGUUUAGCGGGUCUACUAACCAAAGAUGUCCGUACUCGUGAAAGGCAGAAACCAGGACAACAGGGUGCAAGAAGAAAGUUUACAUGGAAGAAGAGAUAAUUUUGUUCACUUAGAAUAAUAACAGUGCUAUUAAAAAAAUAAAAUUGAAAAACACCAUAAGAUA